UUUUUUAAAUUGUCGAUCUAAAAAGCCAAAUCUCAUAGCAUUUGCUCACAUUUCCAUCUUUCUCUCCCAUUCUCAAAGACUGAGGAGGUGUUCGGUAUCGAUACCACACCUCUUCAGAAACAAAGCUUCCUCCUUUUUCAAAACCCAAGAAAUAAAAGACAAAUUUUCUUUGUUUAAAAAACAAAAAGAAAAAGCAUCGAUGGCGUCGUCCGAUAGCAUGAACGACAAGAACGCUGUUUUCAGAAAGCUGAAAGCAAAAUUGGAAAACAAGAUGUGUUUCGAUUGUAAUGCGAAGAACCCGACAUGGGCAUCGGUGACGUAUGGGAUCUUUCUCUGCAUCGAUUGUUCUGCCGUUCACCGGAGUCUCGGUGUCCACAUCAGCUUUGUCAGGUCUACAAAUUUAGAUUCAUGGUCUCCUGAACAAUUGAAAAUGAUGAUCUAUGGAGGAAACAACCGUGCACAGGUUUUCUUUAAGCAGCAUGGAUGGACUGAUGGAGGCAAAAUUGAGGCCAAAUAUACUUCAAGAGCUGCCGAUUUAUAUAGGCAAUUACUAUCAAAAGAAGUUGCUAAAAGUAUGGCAGAAGAGGCUGGUUUGCCGUCAUCUCCUGUUGUUUCUCAGUCAUCACAAACAUCUAAUGGACUUCUUGAUAGCAAGACUGAUGAAGAUCCUAAAGAAAGUUCUUUAGGCAGGCUAGAAAAAUCAGAAGUUUCUGCUGCACCAAAAGCUUCUCAUACAGUUGUUACCAGCACUGUCAAGAAGCCUCUUGGUGCAAAGAAAACUGGGAAAACUGGGGGGCUUGGUGCCCGAAAGCUUACUUCUAAGCCUAGUGAAAAUCUCUAUGACCAGAAGCCUGAAGAACCAGUUGUCCCUGUUUCUUCCUCAACUAAUAACACUGCACCCAUUGGCUCGUCUUUUCCAUCUCGUUUUGAGUAUGUAGAAAAUGUUCAAUCUACUGAGUUGAAGUCUGGUGGCCCACAAGUGCUUAGCCAUGUUGCUCCACCAAAGUCAUCAAGCUUCUUUGCAGAAUUUGGAAUGGACAGUGGUUUUCAAAAGAAAUCAAGUUCAAAUUCCUCAAAAGUGCAAAUUCAGGAAACUGAUGAAGCAAGGAGAAAGUUCUCCAAUGCAAAAUCUAUUUCAUCGGCCCAAUUUUUUGGUGAUCAGACCAAAGCAGCAGACAAUGAUGCUCAAGUUACUUUGCAGAAAUUCUCAGGUUCAACAGCCAUCUCCAGCGCUGAUCUGUUUGGUCACAGUGCAGAUAGUUCUGUUGACCUCGCUGCUAGUGAUCUCAUCAACCGACUCUCUUUCCAGGCACAACAGGAUAUCUCAAACCUUAAGAACAUAGCAGGAGAGACUGGAAAGAAACUCAGCUCCUUCGCAUCCACAUUUAUUACCGACCUUCAGGACAGAAUCCUCUAAUGUAGUGUUCUGGCCUUAAAAACAUAUAUUACAUUACCAGCCAAUAUCUUUUGUAGUGAAUGUAAAGCGUUUCGACAUAAAAUUCUUUUACAGGACAAAUAAUAUUUUAAAAACCUCCAGGUUUAUGGCAGGCUGGUUUUCUUACUUUGUAGCACGGGAGCUGUAGUGGAUUUGAUUAUAUGUACAAUUUCUCUUUUUCAUUUAGUCAUCGUAUUUGUAUGACCUGUAAACCAAGCAAGGUUUCAUGCUGUGUAUUAAGAGAGGUAGGUGUUGGAAUUGUGAACUACAUUGCUGUUUAAAUUCUGUCA